AUUUGUAAUAGAGCAGUCUGGUAAAGAGAUGGCAUUUGAGAGAAUAUCUGUCGUGUUUGUAUUGAAGAAAGUAAAACAAAAUAAAAGAUUUUUGCGGCCCACUGAAAGUGUAAUAUUUUAUUUUAUAAGUGUUUGGAUCCGUUUCUUACAAAGAACCAAAUCAAAUUGCGCGGUGCUUCAUGUUGUUAAAUUGGAAGACGUGAAGAAGGCUAGCUAUGACCAACUACAUGUAAGUUUUACUCGAAGUGUACGAGGCAAUAAUCUCCUUAAUAUCAAUGGUAAAAAUUAUACAUUGAAUCGCCGAAUAAAAGAUGCUUGCUACUGGGAAUGCGUCAAAGUCCGGUGUAAAUAUACAAAAUGCACGGCUCGGGUUAUAACUAAACAAAAUCGAAUUGCAUCAUUGCGUGGACAUCACAAUCACAAUACCUUUUUAAAGGACAAAAAUCCCAAUCAAUACGGAAUUUGGCUAGACGAUAAGCUAACAUUUGUACGUAAUCGACGCGGAGGUGUUAACUUGAUAUAUAAAGGUUUCUCGUACACGGCCGAAAGAAAGUACAAUCACACCAUUAAUUGGGUAUGCAAUAAAUCAAGUCACACAUCGCGUAAAUGUCCGGCACGCUGUAUUACAUCGGGGAAAAAUUCAAUUAAAUUUGGACGAAAAAAGCAUAAUCAUGAAGCUGUUGUUUGAGAAUAAAAUCUUAAACGACAUCGCAACAGUAGUUAUACAAUUAUAAAUAAUUAUCGCUUCGUUAGAAGUUCACAAUCAGCCAAUACAUUUUAUUUAAAGUGUGCAAAUUUCCGCAAGUCUUGUCGAGCUCGAGCCAUUAUACGCAAG